AUGAGCGCCAUCACGCAUUUGACGAGCCUGCCGGAGCUCAACAAGCUCCUCGCGGCCAAGAAGGACCGCCUCGUUGUGAUUGACUUCCACGCUACCUGGUGCGGUCCUUGUCACGCCAUCGCUCCGACAUUCGAGAAGCUCGCCAACCAGUACCGACAAGCGACGUUCUGCAAGGUGGAUGUCGAUGCGGCGCAGGAAAUCGCUCGCGCGUACUCUGUGCGGGCCAUGCCGACGUUCGUGUUCAUCAAGAACGAGCGCAAGGUUCACGAGGUGAAGGGCGCGAACGCAUCUGCGAUCGAAUCGGGCAUCAAGCAAUUCGUCGGCGGCUCCGGCGGAGAAGCAGGAGCGUUCCCUGGGCAAGGACACACCCUCGCCGGCACGCCCGUCCCGACAGAAGCGCCUCCCGCCGAGGUCAACUACGUGCGAUGGCUCAUCUUUGGCGCACUAGCUCUGUGGUGGUUUUGGUCAGCUCGGCAGAGCAAGGAGCAGUGA